AUGAUGGUAGAUGCAAUAGUCAAAGACUUAUUCGCCGAUAAAUUGGAAAAAGCAAAUACAUUCAGUGGAAGAAUUGAACAGGAUGUUGAUCUGUGGUUACGUGAUAUCACCGCUUCCUUUGACAUGGAAAAACUGGAUCCUAGUCAAACGCAACAAGUUGUACCGCGCUUUCUUACGAACAAUGCUUUAGAAUGGUAUCUAAAUAAUCGUGUCAUCAUUACAACAUGGGCUGACUUUGUUCAACAUCUUCGAGCUGCAUAUCAAUCACCAGCUGCUAAACAGAUUGCUUCACAAAAACUUCAUAAUCGUAAACAAGGAUUACAUGAACCCGUUACUGCAUAUUAUACUGAUAUUAUACGUCUAUGUAAAACCGUCGACGAACAAAUGACUGAUACACAAAGGGGAAAUAGUAGAUUCCUGGACUUCAUUGGACUCCUGAAGUCUAGAAGUUUGUAG